AUGUCUUCUUCCAAAAGACCUAGCAAAGAAAAAACACCAGUCAGAAACACCAACAUCCCAAUACCUUCAUUUGAUCAACCGAUUUUCUCACCUCCGUAUUACCACUAUGGCGGUAUGUUUCCUUCUUUUCCACAACGACCAGGGCAACUACAUCCACAAACACCACCUUCUUUUCCACAACCCGACCCGAAUUUUAAUCCAUUUGAUUUUUUGUCCCAACUCGAGUUUGUGCAACAAACACAAACACAACCAGAAAUGGUCGUUUCUGAUUCUGAACCGGAACUCGUUACAGAAACUCAGCCCACUCGAGCAACGAAUAAAAGAAAAGAGAAGGCGGAGGCUAGAUGUUGGGAACCUUUGGAAGCGUUGGUGUUGGCACAAUCUUGGAUCGAUAUUUCAGAAGACGCGACGGUUGGAAAAGACCAAAAGCAUGACCGCUUUUGGAUUCGCGUUUUACACAGGUUCCAUAAAGGAAUGAACCGUGGAGAAUACCGUUCAAAACAUCAAGUGUACUCCAAAUGGGGGAAGAUGAACAAGGAAGUCAUGUUGUUUAAUGACUUGUGGAACAACAUGAAACGUCAAUGGAAAAGUGGAGAAAGUGAUGAAGUCAUUUUGAAGAAAGCCUUGAAAGUGUAUGAAAAAGAAAAUCUGAAGGCUUUCAAGUUUCUUGAAGUUUGGAAUUUUUUGAAAGAUCACAGGAAAUGGCUGAGUAGCAAAACAUCUGACCAACAUAUCGACAGUGGGUCAAAACGCAGCAAAACAUUUGAGUCCGACCACACUACAUCAGAUGCUCGUGUUCAGUUUGAUCUGAACGAAGAUGAACCUGUUCCAGUUUCACCACCUUCCCGACCAUUGGGAAGAGACAAAUCAAAAAGCAAAGGCAAAGGCAAAGCGUCGGAUUCAGAUGAUUUGAAAGAAAUGGGAACCGACAUGAAGGAUAUAAAAGAGAGAAUGGACAAGAUUUUGAAAAUUGCUUCUGAAAGAGAGCUUCGGAAACAAAGGGAGAGCGACAUGCGAAUACUAGCAAUGGACACGUCGAAUAUGACCGGGGCCGAGCUUGAAGUGGUUUUGGCGAUGAAGGAGGAAGUGAAAAACCGUUACAUGAAUCGUGGCUAA